AUGAGCACAGCCGGAUUUGUCAAAUCCGAAUCCGAUGGAAAGCGACCAUCCAAUAAUAAGAACGGCGAUUGGAUUUGUCCGGAGCCCGAUUGUAAAAAUCUAAAUUUUGCCCGCCGAAGCCAAUGUAAUCGGUGUGGCAAGGAACGUCCCAGCAGUGGCUCGAAGAAUGGAUCUACGGCUAGCGAUUCAGAUGGCGGCGGUAGCAGUAACGCUGGAAGCAAAAAGAAAGUUGGCACGGAAAUCGGUAAGGCAGCAGCGGAAAAAUCGCGCGGACUGUUCAGUGCCGAAGACUGGCAAUGCAAUAAAUGCGCAAAUGUAAAUUGGGCCCGUCGGCACACAUGCAACAUCUGCAGCGCCCCACGUUUUUGCGACGUGGAAGAGCGAACAGGAUAUGGCGGUGGUUAUAACGAUCGAGGUGUGGUUGAAUACAAGGAUCGCGUAGAGUCUGACGAUGAAUACGACGAGUUUGGUCGUCGCAAAAAAAGGAAAACCAAAUUGAAGGAACAAGCUGAACGGCAAACACAGCGAAGGCGAAGGAGUGAUUCUGAGGAGGAGGAUAAAUUGAAAAGUGGAAAACGAAAGGAACAGCAGAAGCGAAAACGAGACGAUGACGAUUCUCCGGAAGACGAAGACGAUGAUGAUGAAGAGGACGAUGAAGAUGAGGACAACGAGGAUCUCUCCAAAUACGAUUUGUGGGGAUCAGACGACGAGGUGGCAAAGCAACCGGCUGCGAAAAGCUCUAAUGCCAACCACAAACAACCAUCACAUAAUCGUCGGUCACGUUCAAAUACUCGAUCAAGAUCACCCAGCCCGGAUCGGCGGCGGCGCUCAAGUGAUCAACGCUUCUCAACAAAAUCGACUGUUUCAUCGACUAGAUAUGGCCGAUCAGAUUCAAAACGCUCCAGUACAUCUCAUCGGUACGCAAGAUCCAAAUCACGCUCCCACUCUCGCUCACGGUCCCGAUCGAGAUCAAGAUCACCUCGAUCCAACCGCCGGAGUAAGAACUGGAGAAGAUAAGUCAUUUGUUGUGCUUACUUGUUUACUAAACAGGUCAAUAACCAAUCUUGAUGGCAAAUAAAUUUGUAUAUUUUAGA